UAGAUUAGAUAGAUACUGUAGCAGCAAGCAUAAACCCAGAAUGUAUUAUCUGGGAAGUUGAAUUGUCUCCGCUGAGCCUCCGUAGCGACGCAAUUGGCCACUUGGCUGUUUCAGGAAAAGGGACGCCGUUGUGUCAAUUCACAAACCUAAUCCAAUUUCCAAAGUUCUGCCAUCAUGUCAGACAAAAGUGAGCUGAAAGCGGAGCUGGAAAGGAAGAAACGAAAGUUGGCUCAGAUCCGGGAGGAGAAGAGAAUCAAGGAGGAGGAGCGCAAGAAAGAGGCGGACCUGAAGAAGGAUGCCGCUCCGCAGACCGAUGACACCGAGCUGGACAAGAAGAGGCGGGAGGCGGACGCCAUCCUGCAAAGCAUGGGCAUCACCUCAGACGUGACCGCUGCUCCUGCUCAUAUGUCUCCAACUGCCAAAUCAGUUGGCACGCCAAGUGAGGCUGGAAGCCAAGACUCGGACGGAGCCGUGGGACCCAGGACUCUGCACUGGGACUCAGAUCCGUCCACCCUUCAACUGCACUCUGAGCUGGGGCGGGCGCCCCAAAAGAUGGGCAUGACCAAGAUCACCCACGUGGACUUCCCCCCACGGGAGGUCGUGUCCUACACCAAGGAGACACAGACCCCCGUGGUGACCCAGCAGAAACCAG